UUCCUGAAACGAGUUUACCUCGAGUUGAUUUGUUGGAUGCGGCUCGGCAAUCUGCAGGCGAAUGUCAAUCGUCGAGUCAGUUUCCGAUGGAUGAGACGCCUGAAAUAUGGCUGUAAGGAACGUGGUCAACGUUCGUAUGGUUUUAAAAGACAUGCGGCCAAACGCUACCGCAGUACCCUAGUGCCAUCCUGAACGACCCUCCUAAAUCGCGAUGAAUACAAGAAAGAAAAAUAUUGUCCUUUUUGGGCCAGCAGGGGCAGGCAAAAGCUCACUCGUCAAUCUCAUGGCGGGAAAGGACGUAGCAGUCACGUCCAAUGAUACGCAACGCUGCACAUUAUACUGGAAACAAUAUCCCAUCAAAUUCGGCGGCGAAUCUUAUAUGGUGUUCGAUACCGCUGGACUCGAUGAACCACAGCUGAAUAUCACAGAAUACCUCAAUGCUGUCGAGAAUGCCUAUGGGCUCAUCCAGUAUUUGGAGGCACAAGGGGGCAUUGAUUUGCUUCUGUUCUGCAUGCGCGCAGGCAGACUCACUGAGACGCUUCGGAACAAUUACCGGCUCUUUCACGAAUUCCUCUGUGACAAGAAGAUUCCAGUCGUUGUAGCGGUCACACACCUCGAAACCGAGUCCGUAAUGGAUGAAUGGUGGGGGAGGAACGAGAGAACCUUCCAAUCUCAGCAGAUACAUGUCGUUGGUCAUGCAUGCAUCACGACCAAAAACGAUUUCCGAAGCCUGUAUGAACAAUCACGCGUCAUAGUCCGCAACCUUGUUAAACAGUACACUGCCGACGGGCAGAGGCAAGCUUGGAUAGGAGGAAACAGCAUGUUCGUGUCGUUGAUGCGUAAACUGAAGCAGCUACUUGUAGGGAAUUUGCUCGUGAAGAGGGGUACCAUCCCUCGCCUCAUCAAGAGGUGCGGUAUGUCUCCAGACCUUGCUAAAGAGUUAGCUAGGAUGAUCGAUAGAGUGUAGAAGGAGCUACUUAACCUCUCGUGUCCGAUAACUUGUGCUGAUUCGGCUGUAGACUUUGUCCUUGCCGGUGUGUCUUACGUAUCCUACUUACCCUAAUGUCAUGUAUCCAUACUGAA